AUGGUCAACUGCGGUCGAAUUAUCACUACUCUGCUCUCACUUGGCUUUGUUUCAAGAGGUGUUGCAGGGAAUGCAAUUCCAUUGAACACCACGCGUGUGGCAUACGUGCCUGUCGUUCGCGAUUGGGACAAUGGAAACGGAACCAUGAUAACGCACUAUGGAUCUGUGCUUCCUGAUUCUCCAUUAUUGAGCCAAGAUACCCAGCUCGCAAUACGCGAUGAAGUGACAAUUCAAUAUGCCACAGUCCUCACGGUUGCCUCCUCCUUGAUUCUUGCAGCCGGCAGUUCAAUCACCAUCUGCAAGACCAUUGCGCGCGAAAUUCUCUAUAGAUCAACUGCCAACGAGUGCUCUCUUGUUUAUGGAACUGCCAUGGAUGACGUAAAGAUCGAGGGCUACUCCUACCGGGCGAGUACGACUGGCACCAACUGCAAAACAACGGCGGUUUAUGCGGAAAUUCUCAAGGCCGUGCACGAAUGUGUCAACGAUCUGCAUAAUCAGAAGGCGACAACUGGAUGUUGCAAGUUCCGACAUGCAGGCUCCUGGACUGGUCAUUUGCGGGUUACAUCAAUGCCCGAGAAGCACCCAGUAGAGGACAUUGUGUGUAACUUUUCUUCCGACUGA